AUGGUACUCGCGUCAAAACCACGGCUAAUCAAUCGUGUUCUCGAUGCUGUGGUGCAUCUCUGCGAAGGAAAAGGAUCCACCGCUCGAGACGUCCUUGAUUUCCUUCGGCAAACAUCGAAAUCUACGCCAAGAAACUUGACGAUGCAGGUUCAUCGAGCUCUGAAGCAUGCAGUAAAUGCUGGACUUCUACGGCACAGAAGUGGUCGUUACAAGGCACUGUUCACGUUAAAUCCUGCUCCACUUAAACAGCUCGUGAAUGAAAAUAAUGACGAAAGAUCAGUAGAAGGAACGAGCAGAUUCGACACGCAACCAUCUCCUAAGAAAAUCAGCUCCGAUGACAAAGAGAAAAACAGAGAGAAACGUGAUAAGCAACAUUACAAGAGGAAACGGAAACGCAGCCAGAGCAGGCAGAGAAGACGAACAAGACGAAGUGAAUCCAGAAGACGCCAUAAUCCACUGAAACAUUCGAGAGGAAUGCGGGAACUCAAGUAUGAAGAAAAAGAAGAAGAGGAGCGGUUACCGCGAUACAACAGUUCCGAUAGGAGAAUCAAACCGAAUAUCAGAAACGCCUGUAGAUUUUCGCCUAACCGUGAAAAAAGCAAAGCGAGACGAAAGGAUCGAACAAAAUACUCUAUUCCACCGAACAAAAACUACUGCGAUGACAAAAAGGCUAAAGUAAAAAGGAAAACACCAGCCCGUCAAGAAUGUAAAUAUAAGAAUGAUAGAAAAUGUAGUAAAAGAUCAAUUUCUCCAAACUGCAGCCAACAGAAACAACAGUCGCAUUAUCUGCAACCGAAAUAUUCAUACAACGAAGACGACGACAACGGAAGCAGUAAAAGCGAUUCUGACGACUGUAAAAUCUUUGAUCGAGAUGACUUAGAUCGGGAACCUAGGAACAGCGAAAGCGGGAGCACUUUGUAA